UAUCAAAAAAUAUCUUUGAAAUAAGGGUGGGUCGGGUCCUAACGGAUCGGGUCAGCAGAUUUUGGUUGGAUCCGACUAUGAAUUAUUUAAGAAAGACAAAAUAGUGGUUCCGUUAAACUAAGGGCAUGAAUGACCAAGUAUUGGACGGAUUGGGCAUAUAUGUGCCAAACUAUUAACGACGGGCAUGUCUGUCCUAAUUCGCAUAGUUCACUGGCAUAUAUGGCCCUUUUCCGAAUUAUUAAUUUAGAACUCACUAACUUAAAACUAUUAGAAUCUCGAACAAUCCUAGCUACGCCUCUGCUAGAAAUGAUGAGUAUGCGUUAAUGAAAACACCCACUCUUUAUGUUGUUAGCUUUGAAAGAGAAUUCUAUUUUAUCUCUGAUUUUUAUGAAAUUAGAUUUCAUUGUUGUUAGCUUUGAAAAAGCAUUCUGUUUUAUCUCUGAUUUUUAUGAGAGAUUUCAUUUUUUCAUCAAAUGUCAUCUUAGUAGUGUUAAUAAUGGUUAUAAGACGUUGGCAAAUUAGUUAUUUUGGUUACUUCUGUAAAACAUUUACCAGCAAAGCAGAUUUUAAUUUCUGUGCGCUGACACUAUAUGGAUUUAUAAGGUUAAUUUUAACUCAGAUUGGAAGCCUGAUAUGGUAACUUGGGAAAUAGAAGAGUAAUCUGCUAUAACCUAUUAAAUUGAACUGAUGGUGUAAUUCAGUUUAUACAACUUAAGUUCUUUAUUGAAUUGGUGAAAUAAUCAUAUGAAAAUUGUUAACAACCAUUUUGGAAAGUUGUUAUUUUAAGAAGAAACCUGGAGUGGUGGGGGAAGGAGUUGUUAUUACUCAUAAUUUUAUACCUUUUAGAAUCACUCAAUGUUGUCUUUUUUCAUUUUACUGUUCCUUAGACUACAACAACAGCAACAACAACAACAUACCAAGUCUUAUCCCACAAGACUGAUGAUUGUAUAUCGUUUUUUUUUUUUUUUUUUUGAUAAAGUAAGUGAUUUCAAUAGAUGGCAUCAAGAAGAUGCAAGAAGUACAUGAUUUGGCAUUUGAGCUUACAAAAAAUAUUCUGGCUCCUAUACAUAAUUGGCUAAGCCAGAGCUAAGGAACUUAUGAAAUCCAAAAGAUGAUCAAUAUUGUUGAUAGGGUACAGUCUAGACCAACAAAACAAAUUGGCAAUACACAGAGCCUUUAAAGAACCUAUAGGAGUUGAGUUUCCAUCAAAACAUCUCUUGUUUCUCUCUGUCCAAAUGCACCAGAAAAUACAAGCAGGGACCAUUGACCAGAUUUUCCUGAUGGCUUUAUCAACUCUUCAUAAACUCCAGCUCUUAUAAGCAUCCUUGAGACCUUGACUGUGUAAGGGGUGACCCAUUUGAGGCCAAAAAGGCAAAAAACACAUGUACCAUAUGUCUGAAGCCACCUCACAGUGUAGGAGCAAGCGGCAGCAAUAGCAGCAUUAUGAUCUUGGGCUAUGGUGAACAAGCUAGGGAAUUCAACUUGAAGGGUAGAGUUUCCAAGCCAUUUAUCCUUCCAGAAUCUAAUGUAUGUACCAUUCCCAACUUCAAAGUGGAUGUUUUGUGCAAAGUACUCCAUAAUUUGCUGAUGCCUUUCCAUAAUCCCACACCAUAUGGAGCACUCGAGACUUUUGAACACCAGUGAUUCAGCUCUCCAUGCUUGGCUUUGAUGACAACUUUCCAGAACCCAGCAUCCUCCAUAUUGAGUUGUAAGAUGUGAAAAUUUGGCUAGUUGUCGCCUUUGAUUAUGUCCACUCUUGGUCUUGUUAGAUGGCAUUCUGCAUGGACAAAGGAAUACGUUCUAGUCCAGCUACUGAAGAUCUGUCACUUGCAACCACUAUGGAGAAGAAAAUAAAGGCAUUGGAUAGUGAUUUGAUUGUUAAUGAGGUUUUUAUUACUAAUCCUGCAAGCUCCUCUGAAUUUAUAUUAGGUCCAUGCUUCAGGGAUAGAGUUCCUUCAGAGCUUGUGCCAUUUUAUCCCUUGGAAAAAGGAGAAAAGCUCCUUCUGCAUUCUCUGGAACCCGGGUGGAACGAAGGAAGAACUUGGAAGUCAUGGUCAUAUCCAAGUAAAAUGUGGAUUAAUUGGGUUGAUCGACUGGAAAAGGAAAAAGGGGAGAAGUGGAGAAAUGCUGGGAUAUAUGAUGCCAUUCAGCUUUCUAAAAUUGAUAUACCCUUUGACAAAAACCUUCUAUAUGCUGCCUUGUGCUUUUGGUCAAUCUCAAGUAACUCCUUCCACUUUAAUUUUGGCAUGAUGGGUCCAACUGUAUUGGAUAUUGUUGCUUUGACCGGGCUUAGACCUCAUGGAGAGGAUAUUAGCGCAAUCCUCUGCUCCCCUAAGUCAACCUUUACUUUACCGAGGGGCGAGAAUGGUAAAAGAUUAUCUUAUGGGAAAUUUCUUGAGCUCUCGAUGAAAAAGGGCGAUGUAACAGAGAAUGAACAUAUCUCUUUCCUAAUUAUGUGGCUUUGCAAGUAUGUUUUUUGCAAUGGUUCAGGAAGGGUAACAAAAGAAUGCAGCGAAUUAGCCAUUGCUCUUGCUGAGGGCAGGAAGCUUGCUUUGGCUCCUUUUGUAUUGUCUCAUCUGUAUCGAGGCUGUAGAGAUUUGGUUUUGAGAAGGUUUGGUUGUGCAGGGGGACCCUUCUGGAUUCUACAGCUCUGGCUUCAAUCUUAUUUCCCUGAAUAUGGACCCUUGACAUAUGAGCCAAAAAAUUGUCUAACUUAUGGUGUUUCCCUGGCUCAAGGCAAGUUAAAACACAAAAGUUUCCAGGAAUGCUUUAAAUUCUUUUAUUCAUGCUCCUCCCGAAGUCCCAGCCAGUUCACUCCAUUUUUUUUUAGGACCCUUGGUCCUGAGUGGCAGAGAUUGUCGCUGCAUCAUCACUGCAUUACAUCUAGUAAGCAAGAUCUAAGCGACAUCUGGUCCAGUUACCUUAUUGCUCGAGACCUCCAUUACGGCCUUGUACUGGGCAACUCAAUUUUCUGCAAAGCUGGAGUGGAGUAUUACUCUCCAAAUCAGUUUGCACGACAGUUUGGCAUGACGCAGGCAGUGCCUCUCCCUCCUUAUCAGUCUGCCAAUACUUCGUCACUUGGUAGAAUUGUUUUCCAUUCAGUUAAUUGUAUCCAAGAAGUGGAUUCAAAGUUUGUCCAAUUGAAGAAAAAGUUUUCAGCUGUCCACUUUGAUGCCAAUCCAAAAUGUACUCCAUCCUUUGAGUCCUGGUGGUCGAAUUACAUAGGCAAAACUCGGAUUGAAUCAGCCGAGGAGAUCCUUGGUAGGAUUUGCUCAGAUUUUCAAUUAACUCCAAGUACAAUGCAAGAAAAAAGGAAUUUCCAGCCAGAUAAUUCAGAAUGCCAUGCACAGAUUGCUGGAGAACAAGAAACCAGAAAAAGGAGGAAUGAAGGUAUGAUGAAAAAACGGAAACAAUUAAAAUUAUAGAAGUACCUGAAAAUAAAAGAGCUGUUAAAGCUGUUAUAUGAAUCUUUUGCCUUUCUUUAGUUCUCAUUGUCUGUAAAAGUUGUAACUGAGUUUCCUUCCAUGGUAGACCCUUAGAGAUUAUGGGCCUCUCUCUAAGAAUGAGAUCUAAUAUACGGUAUA